UGGCAAAUCGCGCGGUCAAACUCAACACCGGGGCAGAAAUGCCCAUGAUUGGAACUGGCUCAUAUGCGCCUCCCGAAAGUAUUGAGAAGGCGAGGAGCUGGCUUUUGACUGCGCUCCAAGACGGCUACCGACACAUUGAUACUGCCCAUAUCUAUGGGACCGAAAAAAUUGUUGGAGAGGCGGUGAGGGCGUCAGGCCUACCACGAGAAGAGAUCUUCAUCACCACGAAGCUUCCGUGGUAUGCUGGAGAGAAAGUCAAAGAAUUAUUUGAGGAGAGUCUUGCCAACCUGGGCCUGGAGUACAUCGAUCUGGACCUCAUACACUGGCCCCAGGUCCUUGCGUACGAGCCGGGAAACCCGUUUCCAAAGAACCCAGAUGGAACGGCAUGGGCCGAGAUGGAAAAGCUCCUAGAGACAGGAAAAGUCAAGGCGAUCGGCGUGAGCAACUUCUCGAUCAAGACGCUGGAGCAGCUAUUGAAGACAGCUAAAGUGACACCUGCUGUUAACCAAGUCGAGCUGCACCCUUACUUAGCAAGCAACGAGCUCAGGCAUUACUGCGCCAAGCGUGGCAUCGUCGUCGCUGCAUACACUUCCAGCGGAUAUGACACCGUCCGAAACGACCCUUUGAUCGUAAGCCUUGCCGAGAAGUACAAGGUCGCGCCGACGCAAGUCAUAUUUGCCUGGCACUUGUCGCGAGGCACCGUGAUUAUUCCAAAGAGCGAGAAUAGCGAGAGGCAGAAGCAGAACAUCACUGUCCCAGUAAUCUCGGAGGAAGAUUUAGGCAAUGGCCUGUGGUAUAGCCAACCCGGCAAUGCCUGGGCGAAGGAAUGGCUCCCCAUCGGCAAUGGCUAUCUCGGCGGCAUGUUACCUGGUCGCACUACGCAGGAAGCAACUCAGCUCAACAUCGAAUCUCUCUGGUCCGGAGGACCGUUUGCUGACCCGGCCUACAAUGGGGGCAACAAGCAGCCCUCCGAGCAAGCUGCAAUGGCACAAGCUAUGCAGCGCAUCCGUCAAACAAUAUUUCAGAGCCCUACAGGCGACAUCGACAGCGUUGAAGUGCUCGGCAAUGAUCCUGGACAAUACGGUUCCUACGCCGGCGCAGGCCAUCUCCUGUCUACACUGGACAUCGGCGGCACUGUUAGCGAGUACGGGCGGUGGUUGGACCUUGACCAAGGCCUCGCUCGGACCUCCUGGACGCAAAACGGAACAAGCCUUAUUCGGACAAGCUUCUGUUCUCAUCCCACCCGCGGCUGCAUCCAGCACAUCGUAUCCCGCGAGGGGCCAUUGCCUGAAGUGACUUAUGCGUUCACGACUGCCCUCGAGCCGGGUCUUCCUGCACCAAACAUCACAUGCCUCUCCGGCUCGUCCAACUCCCUUCUCGUGCGGGGGUACGUCUCAGAGUCCCCUCCCGGGACGGAAUAUGCCUUCGUAUUCAGCGCCUUCUCGUCUGCCGACGCGAAUAUCAGGUGUGUGCAGAUCCCUGUGCCCUCUGGCGCACGCCCCAACGCCACGCUCCACGUCUCGACUCCACCCCCUAGUGCUCCCCAGGAAGCCUGGAUUACGUGGAUCGGGGACACGGAAUACGACAUGGAUGCGGGCGGCCCAACGAGCGGGUUCUCCUUCCGCGGCCUUGACCCUGUGACGAAGCUUCUCGGGCCCUCAGGCGGGGCCCCUCCCACCCAGGCCUUCGCCGAUUAUGGUGCCCUCUUGCAGGCUCACAUCGCGGAUGUACAGGAUACACUUUACGCUGGGUUCGCGCUGGAUCUGGGGCAGCGGCCUGUGCUUGACACGCCGACGAAUAUGUUGAGGGACCAGUAUAGGAUCGACGGGCCUGCAAGCAACGCGUAUAUCGAUUGGCUGAUGUUCAACUACGCCCGGUACAUGCUUGCGAGCAGUGCGAGAAGCGUGCUUCCCGCUAACUUGCAGGGGAAGUGGGCAGACGGAAUAGGGAACCCCUGGGGUGCUGGUUAUCGUUCGAAUAUCAACAUUCAGAUGAACUACUGGGGCGCCGAAACAACAGGUUUGGGCAGUCUGGUCACCCCUCUCUUCGACUAUAUCGAGGAAACUUGGGGUCCCCGUGGUGCAGAAACCGCCCAAAUUCUAUACAACAUCGACCGUGGAUUCGUCACACACAACGAGGUGAACGUUUUUGGGCAUACCGGGAUGAAAGCCUUUGGUAAUUCCGCGGAAUGGGCCAACUACCCUGGGGCGAACGUCUGGAUGGUGCUUCACGUCUGGGAUCACUUCGACUACACCAACGAUGUGAACUGGUGGAGGAGCCAAGGCUGGCCUCUCAUUAAGGGCGUGGCCGGUUUCCACCUCGACAAAUUGAUUCCAGACCUCCACUUCAACGACUCGACGCUCGUCGUGAGUCCGUGUAACUCUCCGGAACAGAGGCCUAUCACGUUUGGAUGUGCUCACUCCCAGCAAAUGAUAUGGGAGGUGUUCAACGCCAUUGAAAAGGGUUUCGAAGCAUCAGGGGACACGGACACCGCAUUCUUAGAAGGGGUCCGCACGAAGCGUGCCCAGAUGGACAAAGGCAUCAAGAUCGGCUCAUGGGGUCAACUUCAAGGGUGGAAGGUGGACAAAGACUCUCAGACCGAUCUCCACCGCCACCUGUCCCACCUCAUCGGGCUUUAUCCCGGAUAUGCGAUCGCCAAUUUCGAUCCCUCGCUCCAGGGAACCGGACCUGCCCAGGGGUACACCCAAGCCCAGGUUCUGGCUGCCGCUAGCGUCAGCUUGGAUCACCGCGGGAAUGGAACGGGACCGGACGCGAACUCGGGAUGGGAGAAGGCCUGGCGAGCCGCUGCGUGGGCACAGCUCGGGGACAGUGAGAGAUUUUACCACAUCCUUUCUGUCGCGAUAUCCGAGAACUUUGGACCAAAUUUGUUCAGCCUCUACAACCCGGAAGACCCGAAUGCCAUCUUCCAAAUCGACGCCAACCUUGGGUAUCCUGGCGCCGUUAUGGAUGCUCUCAUUCAAGCGCCAGAUGUUGCGAGCAACACCUCCCCAUUGACUAUUACACUCCUCCCAGCACUUCCGACUCAGUGGUCCUCCGGCUCUCUCCGUGGCGCGCGCGUCCGUGGAGGGAUCAUUGUUGACAUGAGAUGGAGUUCGGGUCGACUGAAUGAAGCAACUGUCUCCUCCGGAGAGAAUGGCGAAUGGGCUGCGAAGGCAGAUUAGC